AUGCCACCAAAAGAGAACUGGGAAAAAUAUAAGGCGCCUUUGGAAGACGAUGACAAAAAAACAGAUGAUGACAAGAUUGUACCCUUAACAGAAGGCGACAUUCAAGUGCUGAAAUCAUACGGUGCUGCACCAUACGCAGCUAAAUUAAAGCAAACAGAAAAUGACCUAAAGGACAUUGAAGCCAGGAUCAAGGAAAAGGCCGGUGUCAAGGAAAGUGAUACGGGGUUGGCACCUUCCCAUCUUUGGGAUAUUAUGGGUGAUAGACAAAGACUUGGUGAAGAACAUCCUUUACAAGUGGCUCGUUGCACGAAAAUCAUUAAGGGUAAUGGGGAGAAUGAUGACUCCACGACGAAUAACAAUAACGAUAUUAAUAGCAGCAACAAUAACAACAGUAAUAGUAAUCAAGAGUCUGCAGAUGCAGAUGAAGAUGACGAAGAUGCUAAGUACGUGAUUAACCUAAAACAAAUUGCGAAGUUUGUUGUCGGGCUGGGUGAACGUGUUUCUCCAACAGAUAUAGAAGAAGGUAUGCGUGUGGGUGUUGACAGAUCGAAAUACAAUAUUGAACUUCCAUUACCUCCAAGAAUCGAUCCAUCGGUAACCAUGAUGACUGUCGAAGAAAAGCCCGAUGUCACUUAUAGCGAUGUUGGUGGUUGUAAAGACCAAAUCGAAAAACUAAGGGAAGUCGUCGAACUGCCCUUAUUAUCUCCAGAAAGGUUUGCCGCUUUAGGUAUCGAUCCUCCAAAGGGUAUAUUGUUAUAUGGUCCUCCUGGUACCGGUAAGACAUUAUGUGCUCGUGCUGUCGCUAAUAGAACUGACGCUACUUUCAUCAGAGUCAUCGGUUCCGAAUUAGUACAAAAGUACGUUGGUGAGGGUGCUCGUAUGGUCAGAGAAUUAUUCGAAAUGGCACGUACCAAGAAGGCAUGCAUUAUAUUCUUCGAUGAAAUUGACGCUGUUGGUGGUGCUCGUUUCGAUGACGGUGCAGGUGGUGAUAAUGAAGUCCAAAGAACCAUGCUUGAAUUGAUUACACAAUUAGACGGGUUCGAUCCUCGUGGUAACAUCAAAGUGAUGUUUGCUACCAAUAGACCUAACACUCUAGAUCCUGCUCUAUUGAGACCGGGUAGAAUUGACCGUAAAGUAGAGUUUUCAUUGCCCGAUCUAGAAGGUCGUGCUAAUAUUUUCCGUAUCCACUCUAAAUCAAUGAGUGUGGAACGUGGUAUCAGAUGGGAACUUAUCUCAAGACUAUGUCCAAACUCUACUGGUGCAGAAUUGAGAUCUGUUUGUACAGAAGCUGGUAUGUUUGCCAUUAGAGCCAGAAGAAAGGUGGCUACUGAAAAGGAUUUCUUAAAGGCUGUCGAUAAAGUCAUUAGCGGGUAUAAGAAGUUUAGCUCUACAUCCCGUUAUAUGCAGUAUAAUUGA